AAGACACAUAACCACUUUGCUUAUUAUAAGUGUGUGCCACAGUUUUGUCUGUUGCUUUAAAUACAAUUUAAAGGUGCUGUAUGUAAUAUUGACAGCAAGCAGUUGAAAUACUGCAGUCCAAAUUCAAACUAUUGGAGAGAGUUGUUUCUCCCGCCACGUCCUCCUCAGACUCAAAGCUCAGGCGGGUUGCCAGAUUGAGGAUACACAACAGGAACGAGCGAUUUUGACAUUGAAGGGCUACAAGCCUUAACUGAUUAGUUGAUUUAUCCACAUUUUAAUAUCCCUCUUGGUCAUUGAGUAAAACUUAGAUCAGGUACAAACUAUGAUCUCAGAUCCAGUUUGUUUGUUGACUUCCAUGGCCACAAUAUACUGUGUUUUCCACCAACUGGCAACCCAAGGUGUUGAAAUACUAUUGGCAGUGGGAAACAGACAGACAUUCUGACAUGGAACACACAUUUCAAAAAUAGAAUAAAUGGAUGUAGCAUUGUUUUUCACAGAAACAAGUAUGUGAAUGUAGCAUGUUUACUAAAUAUCUGCAGAAAUGAUAUUUUCCUGUUUUGAUAAAGUAAAAAUAAAUUACAUGCAGCACCUUUAUUGUCGGGUAUAUAAGCUGUCAGUGUUUUUAUCAUUCAUCAGCUGAAAAAAAUAAUUCUGAAAGUGAUUCCAACUGUAUCAUUUCCUCUGUGUCGUUAUUGUUAUAGUUGUAGUGUGGACUUCCUUUUUUUGUAACGAUUAUUAAACUUUAUAGUUAACAUCUCUGGUGUGAAUUGAUUUUGUUAGCAAUUAUAUUCUAUAUUAAUAACUUUUUAAAUACAGAAUUGUGUUCAGUAGCAUGCUAGUUUUACUGUGGCAUUGAAAUUGUAAAACUGAUAUCAACUACAGAAUUAUGGUAUUGUUAGAAAUAUCACAUUGGUCUCCCUCCCUAACAAAACCUGCUUCCAGUUUCUUCAUAGAACAUAGUUUCUCGGUUACUUUAAAAAGAAAAUGCACGGAAAUGUUCUCAUUCUUGGCUCUGAGUCUCCUUUUUUGACUUUUAAAGCAGGAAUAACCAGAACUAAAGUAGUAAGUGGGAGCAGAGGAAAAAACUGAAAGAAUGUAAAAACCUGAGAGAGUCAUUUGUGGGCUGAGGUGACUUUUAAGGACACAGGACCUGUGUUCUUAUAUAAUCAGAGGUCUUGCCUGCUCAAUCAAAACAAGAAUGUCUUUGAUUGUGCCCCGCGCCCCGUGGCAUCCAGGCUCUGCGUGGCAUCCGUGCCUGCUGCUCUCUCUCAUGGCGCACUGCCUGUUGUCACGUCGAGGUGAUCAGGAAUGCCUGGGUCAUGAGGGGCCGCGUGUCCUGACUGCUGGGAUUAGAUGCCAUAGCAGCGUAACGCUAUGCAGAGGUGAUCCCUGUGUGUUUGUUUGUGUGACAUUUUUUUUAUCACGUUGUUUGUGUUGAGUGUGUGACUUUGGCUGACUCAUGUUCUGCAUGCUGCUUUGCUUUAGGUUAUGUUGAGGUUUAUUGUUUUGGGGACCUUUUGUGUUGGUUUGGUCCUUUGGUUGUUGGCGGGGGACAUUAGAUAUUAGCGGAAUGUGUUAAUUAAACUCAUGACUUCACAGCAGUUCUUUAUUCCCAUGCCUUGGAUUCAGGCCUACCCAGAAUCCCCUCUGAGCUUUAGAAGGUCCCAGAGUCUCUUUAAUGUUCUGCAAAACAAGCCCAGUGGUUGGGCUUCAUUUGAGGGCUUCAUUAGAUGAUCUGAGAACAGUGCAAGUUUUUAUAUAUAUAUAUAUAUAUAUAUUGAAGGCGAGCAGGAAGUUGAGGUUAACCAACUGUAAAUUAAAUAUUUUUUUAAAAAAUCAUGUUUUUAAUGUAAAUGUUUAAAAUCAAAAUAAAAUGUAUUUUACAUCUACAAUUGGACAUACACUAACAUGCAUACGCUUUCGAAAGAAGUCUCUUAUGCUCAGUUAAGCUGUAUUUAUUUGAUCAAAAAUUACUGUUAAAAACAGUAGUAUGUUGAGAAAUAUUACAAUUUAAAAUAACUGUUUUCUAUGUUAAUGUAUUUUCAAAUGCAAUUUAUUCCUGGGAUGGCAAAGCUGAAUUUUUAUCAGCCAUUACUCCAGGCUUUAGAGUCAAACGAUCAUUCAGAAAUCAUUUUAAGAUGCUGAUUUGCUUCUCAAGAAACAUUUCUUAUUAUCAAUGUUGAAAACGGUUGUGCUACUUAAUAUUUUUGAGUUGUUUUGUAACAAUGUAAAAGUCUUUACUUUCACUUUUGAUGAUUCUUUACAGAAUAAAAGCAUUAAUUUCUUUCUAAAAGUAACCCCAAACUUUUAAACAGUUGUAUAUUUUAGUGUAAAACAGAUUUGGACAUGCAAGAUAUUAUAUUUUUAUUUAAGAUGACUUUUUUUUAAUAGUGUUUGUUGACUGAUUCAUUUUUCUAAAUAUUACAAGAGAAGAGACAUGUAUUAAAUAUAUAUCAUGUAUUUUUUACUUUCAUCAGCAAUAUGAUUCACUUUUUUAAUCAUACUUCAGUACGUUUAAGACCAACACAAAUGCUCAUAAAAACUCAUGUAAUGUCAUGUUUUAUGCACGCUAAUGCCCGUAAUUACACAGCAUUACACUUUAAAUUCCUCCGUCGCUUGCAUGAACCUGUCGUUUGAUAAUCGACUCCUUGUGCGAUCCGAAAGCCCAAAGCUUUAUUUAACUCUGUCAAUGAAACAAACAAACAAACCAUUAAAACAGAACAAACAUCCACAGCAGUGACACGGGGGGCUUUUCCUGCCUGUGACAGCAUGCUUGGCUGCCCCCACUGAGCACUGUUUCUUGAUAGCAGUGUUUGCACUGUAAAAAGGCCCCAUCGUGUCUUUCUCUAAUUGCUUCCAUGUGUGAGUGUGAUUCUGAACGCUAAACAUGCAGAACUAGUACUUAACAGUUUUUUGGUGGUAACAUACAAGGAUUUCAUAUGUGACUUUCAUUAGAGAUGCAUUAAAUAGUAAAGAUGCUAUUUUUAUACACGUAUGUUGUAAGUUGUUAAAUAGUAGUUGAUGUGUUACUUUAUUUGGGCAUUCAUAUGUUAAUCUGCUCAAGGUUGUGACAUAACUGUACUGAUUCUGAAUGAGCUGUUUUACGAAUGAGCUAUGCGUUGUGAAAGUUAGCAUAUGUUUACAUAGUAUUAACUGUUCAAAGAGCAAGAACAGUCUUAUUUUCCAUAAUGUGUCCCUUUAGUGCAUACUUUAGAGUAGCAGAGGAAAUGACAUUUAUAUGACACAUGAGUGUUCUGUGAAGGGAAUUUGUGUCUCUCAGACUUGGACUUUGUGUUUGUCAGUGGUAUUAUUGUAAAUCAGUAAUUCAUACCCCUCAGGGGAGAGCUAAUCACUGGGGAUUGUGCUGCAGACCAAAGUGUGAGGAAUUCCUGUCCUGCCGCCAGGAACGGGCCAAACUGAGGAAUGACAAUGUCAGAUCGGAAACAAAAAGAAUAAAAAACACCAGAAAGGGAUUUAGGCAUCAACAUAUUUGUCUUCUACAAAUGUAUUUGAUGACACAUCCACAUGUUUCAAAACAGAUUUUGUGCCUAGUUUUUGAAGCGUAACAGCUUCUGUCAGUUAAUAUCGGCAUUAUCUGCCAGCUCUACUCAAUAGCACACAUAGACAUCUUUCAUCAUCUCAGCUGAAUGAAGGAACACAGAGAGAGAGAAUUAUGGGCUUUUCAGUUCCCCUUAUUGACCACUUAAUAUAUUUCAUAGAAGUUGGAACCGUGGCUCCAUGUGAGUUCAUUCAUUCCUCGCUGUAUAAAGAUAUUUUGAAGAAAAUGUGAGUGGUUUUUGCUUAUUGCCUCUGUUGCUAGAAUGUUGUGGUUAUUUGCCAGGUUGUUUCUAUAUGAAUACAAAGGUUUGCUGCUAUAACAAUAGGGCUGGGUAAAAAAAAUAGAUUUCUUGAUUUUAAUCGAUUCUCAUAUUUAUGAAACGAUAUCGAUUCUUAAAUCUCAAAAAUCAAUUAGUCUAGCCUGUUUUCAGAUAAUGAACGGAACAUUGUAGCACACCUCCCAUCCAAUAAAUUAGCAAUAAGCUUUGUGCUUUGUUACUUUUGAUAUGAAACAAAGUCUCCGAUUUCAAAUUCUGUCCAUUUUAUUGCAGUAUUCAAAUAAUAACGUUUGCCGCUGUUUGAUGUGGAGUGGUAGAUUGCUGUAGUGCUUCUGUUCAAGAAAAGCGAAAUGCACGUGAACUGAUCAUCGCCUCCGCUUUAAUACCAGUUUCGGCAUGAAAUAAACAUGAAUUAACAUCCGAAGGUAUGUUAAAAGAAAGAGUGCAACUUACUGAAAUCCGUAUCCUGUAUAGCUCAAUCAGUGUUUCAACCGUGAAAAGACGUCAUGUAACGUCAUGAAAAAAAAAAUAUUCGGUAACAAACUUGCUAGUCAUAUAUAUGCACCUUAUAACAUAUUAAUUAUAAUUUUUUACUGUUCUUUAGUGUUAAAUUUAUGUUUGAAUAAAUCUGUCCAUUUUUAUGACAGCCACCAUUUAAAGGUGCACUAAGCGAUUUUUGCCAAACGAUGUUGAUAUUUGAAAGCACCCAAACAAACACGCCCAUACCCCGACAGGACCUCGCCCCUAUUUUGAAAUCUCCGCCUGACAUGCUUAAUUAAAAAAAAAAAAAAAACUUAAUUGAGUGUAAUUUAAGCAUUUGUAUACAAAUUAGUUCAUUUUAACCAUCAAUAUUAUAGUAAUGUAGUACCAAAUGACUCUCAUUUAUAUUUUACAGCAUUAGUUGAGAGAUUUUUUUUUCCCUUGAGAAAAUUUGGCAUGUACUGUAUCUGAUAUAUAUCCAUAAUAAUUGAUUUCGAAUUGAAUCAAAUAGAAUCGAAAGCUUGAGAAUCCGAUUCUAAUUGAAUUGUGAAAUUUGUGUAAAAAUCCAGCCCUAGUUGUUAGGGUGUUAUGGGGUUUGCUCAGAAAAGUACAAAGAGAGAGACUUGAGGAACAGGAUGAAGGCAGGCCUAAAGACUGUGAGGAUGAGCACAUCAGUCAGAGGGAGGAUGUUCUAGAGCAAGCGAGAGAGGACAGAAGGGACAGGGCAGAGGAGGAGCAGGCAGCUAUCUGAGGCAGCUGUGGACACAACUGGACCGUAUGCUGUAUGAACCAGAUUUUGGACUUUUAGAGACCUUGGAGAAAAAGGGAUGCUCAGAUCUGUGGGACACACAUGUUUCUUCUUCAUGAUGAAGUGAUGAGAACAACCAGUAAGUAAAUCGAGGCAAAGGAGGCAUGCGACUGGCUGAGGGCGGCGGGAUUCCCACAGUAUGCCCAACUUUAUGAGGUGUGGCUGCAGCUGUGAGGUUAAGUGACGGUAAAAAAUCAGGAAUGCAGCAGGACGAAAGAGAGAAGAGAGCUGGCUGUUGCUUUGAGCUUGAGAUCACACCUAUCCCAUCCCACCUCAGCCGGGCGGACCGAAGCCAAGCAGUGAUCAGCUGAAUUAUUCUUGAUUUUCCGUUUCAGACAUAUGGAAUAAAAAAUGCAUUUGCACAGCUGUGUGCUUCAUUUGUCAGCACAUUUUUGUCCUCCCUCUCUUUAUCUUUUCUAGUCAUUUUAGGGCCGCGGCGAGCUAUUUGCAGGCUAGAGUUUCUAUCCAAAGGGAGGAAGAGGUCAUGGGAAAAAGUCUUCAUUAUCACUGACGGGAAAAUACAGGCCUUUGCCUCAGUCUUCCGCCCAGGCCAGCAGAGGGGUCGAGAGGAUACUAUUCUCUCUGCUGCUCUCUCUCUGUUCCCUUGACUCCUCCUUAUGAUACUUUACGUCAAUGAGUGAUAAAAUGUCAACAGUUCUAUAUUUAAUUCCGUGUAAAUUCAGAGCUUGGCUCUCAUGAGAAAAUCAUAAAAUGGAAGAAGCUCUGUUUGGCCUUGUGAGGUCAUUAUGCCAUUAUAACAUAAAUAGAGAUCUCCCAGAUUCCAAUGGGAAAACACCUUAGUGCACAUCUUUAUCAGUUUUUCCUUCUUUUUGCUAAUUACUUGCAUUUGUUUGAGUCGAAUCGAGGGAGUUAUGCGAUAACCUCUGGUUCAGUUUCAGAGCCAGUCUGCUGUGUAUAAUGUAAUCAGUGAAGGAGCGUCUGCCAGAGAUUGCAUUUGAUUUAUAAGAAUUACGCCACAGCUGCUGUGGGUCUGUGUGAUCCUCUGCAGAACCUCCGCAGAUGUCUGGAUAGAUGAACUGAGAGAGUUUUAUCCAGUUAUCUCUCUGUUUUGUAUUAAUCACUUUCCAUUUUAAUUUGUGUUUUUGAUUAGCCUUUGCAUGAAAAUAACAAUAAAUAACAUGCACUUGAUCAAUAUGUGAACUUUCGUGAUCACUCACUCUGAAUAUAUUGGUUACAUUAAACUUUUUGAACAGGAUAGAGAAGUGAUCUGCUUUCUGUCUCCGCCAACAGAUUCCCAGUUUCCCAUUGAAAUAUCUUCCGUCAAGAGGGACCAUGACUUUCUUGACAAAGACCUUGUGGAGCCUCUUUGCCGUCGACUCAACACUCUGAACAAGUGUGCCUCCAUGAAACUGGACGUGAGCCUCCCCAAGAAGAAAAGUGAGGACUCUGAUGAGGAGGACCUGUUGGCCAUCAGUAAUAGAUGGACGUUUGAGUGGAACAGUCGGCGCUGGUCACGUCUGCAAGACAUUGAUUACCUCCUGGGUAGAGCGGAGGAGCGGAGCCCCUCUGAGGUGGGUGAGGGUCUGCGGACCACCGUGAGCAGCGAGAGCAUUCUGACAGACCUCAGCGAGCCGGAGAUCUGCUCCCUGCACAGCGAAGACUCCUUGGCUGCCAUGCCUGACUCUGCCUCGCUCACCCCACUGCACUUGCCCAGAGAGCUGCCUCAUUACGGUUCACUUCCUGCCAAGAGCAGGCGACGUGGACGCACACGCGCCAAAGACUUCCUGAGGAGGAUGGAAACGCUGGGUCGGACGUGGGGGCCAUCGAUGGGUCGUUCAGAGCGGCGCUCUUUGGUUAUCAGCGGCCCAGUUCUGCAAAGCGAGCCAGAGGCACUAAAGACUCUACGAUGUGUUCAGAUUUUAAACGGCGGGCCUCUAAAUGCUGAAAACAUGCCACCUGCUAACAACUGCCUAAAUUCGCUGGCCAGCAGUGAGGCUAGCAGCCAAUCGGAAACCAGCGGUAGUGCCGAAAGCACACCGAACAUGAAGGGACGUGUCUCAAAGUUGUAUCCUCCUGGUAAACGUGUAGGCGUCUACCUAGAGGACAUCGAUGUUCUCGCCGGCGCUCCCCAAAGGAGGAGACCGGUCGAGCAGAGCCGCAAAAAUGAGUUUCGCUCCUAUGACGAGCUAUUGGUGCACAUCCCAAAAGAUCACAAACCUGGUACCUUCCCUAAAGCGCUAUCAAUCGAGAGUCUGACACCAGCCAGUAAGGAACAUGGAAACUGGAAGCUUCUGGAUUCAGAGCCGCAGCCCUUCAAGUGCAGGAAAGUUGGUGGAAGGGAACUCCGGGCCGUGACGCGCUGCUGCCCACGAGGCAGCAGGAUCAGUGUGUACGAUAACGUACCGGGCUCACACCUGUACGCAAGCACGGGGGACUUACUGGACCUUGAGAAGGAGGAUAUAUUCCCACAUUUGGAUGACAUUCUGCAGCAUGUGAAUGGGCUGCAGCAGAUCGUGGACCACUGGUCCAAAAACGUCUUGCCGGAGAGUGAAGGGGAGGGGGAUGGCAGCAGGGGGCAGGACCAGAGGAUUAUUGACGGCCAGUCUUCCAGUCAGAUCACACUGGACUUUGAGGGGACUUCUGUAAUUGAAGGGUUGACCACACCAAACGACGGCAACAAGGAUGGGGUUUCGUUAAAUGAAACGGACACCUCCAGCACCAGAGAGAGGAGGGACUCAGGGGUGGGGGCUUCUCUGACACGACCACGCCUUAGAUGGCCCAGCUUCAGGAUGUCAAACCUCCUCAGCCAAUCAGGAAUCUCGCUACAGAUAUCCAGCCAAUCAGUGGGCCAGCUUAGCUUGCUGCAGAAGUUCUCUUUAUUGCGUCUCACUGCUAUCAUGGAGAAAUACUCCAUGUCUAACAAGCAUGGGUGGACUUGGUCAGUGCCAAAAUUUAUGAAGAGAAUGAAAGGACCAGACUACAAGGAUAAGACGGUAUUCGGUGUUCCUCUGAUUGUCCAUAUCCAGCGGUACGGACACCCUCUGCCCAUUAGCUUACAGCUCGCCCUACGCUUUUUAAGGAGCCAGUGUUUGGACCAGGUGGGACUUUUCCGUAAAUCCGGGGUAAAGUCUCGUAUUCAGGCUCUGCGCCAAAUGUGUGAAACUUCCCCAGAAAAUGUGAACUACGAGGAUCAGUCAGCAUAUGACGUGGCAGACAUGGUCAAACAGUUCUUCAGAGACUUGCCUGAGCCUCUACUCACGAGUAAAAUGGGCGAGACCUUCCUCCACAUAUACCAGUAUGUCCCUAAAGAACAGCGCUUACAGGCUGUGCAGGCAGCUAUCAUGUUAAUGGCCGAUGAAAAUCGUGAGGUCCUGCAGACGCUGCUGUGCUUCCUAAAUGAUGUCACUUCCUCUGUUGAAGAGAACCAGAUGACCCCAAUGAACCUGGCGGUGUGCCUCGCUCCUUCUCUCUUCCACCUCAACAUCAUGAAGAAUGAUAAUUUGUCGCCUAGGUCUAUUCAGAGGAAGUACGCCACUGGGCGACCAGACCAAAAGGACCUGAAUGAGAACCUUGCGGCUACUCAGGGGCUGGCGCACAUGAUUGCAGAAUGCAAUAACCUAUUUGAGAUUCCUGAGGAGAUGGUCUCUCAGUCCAGGAACUCAUACAUGGAAGCUGAGCUGCUGGCGCCCUCUUUAGACGAGCUCUGUAAAAAACAGCCACAACAGGAUGAGGAAGACGAAGAAGAGGAGGAAAGCAUGUGUCACUCUUAUCUGGAGAGCUUGAUACAGAAUCUGAUGAAAGAGACCAAAGACAAGACCAAGGGCUGGGUGUCCAGAUCAAAUAUUGACAGUACAGAGAUAUCAUUCAAAAAGGUGGGAGACGGGACCCCGUUGAGACGCUGGCGUGUGUCUGUAGAGGUGGAGGCUCCUCCAUCUGUGGUGCUAAAUCGGAUAUUGCGAGAGCGCCACCUGUGGGACUGUAACCUGCUGCAGUGGAAGGUUCUGGAAACUCUGGACAAACAGACGGAGGUGUACCAGUAUGAGAUGAACAGCAUGGCCCCUCACCCCAACAGAGACUUUGUGGUGCUCAGGACGUGGAGGACAGAUAUGCCAAAAGGUGUGUGUGUGCUGGUGUCGGUGUCAAUCGAUCAUGAGGAAAGCCCGCAGCUGGCUGGAGUGAGAGGAAUAAUUCUGGAAUCACAGUAUCUGCUAGAACCGUGUGGCUCUGGGAAGUCCAGACUCACACAUAUAUGCAGAGCUGAUCUAAAAGGAAAGUCUCCAGAGUGGUACAACAAAGCUUUCGGCCAUCUCUGUGCUAGCGAGGCUGCCCGCAUCCGCAACUCCUUCCAGUCUCUGGAUCCCGAGGGCCCAGAAACCAAAAUCUGAACAUGGCUACACGAAGUCAGGCAUGAGGGAACUGGGAUGUAGUUCAACAUCAGGGCAGAUGGUCACAGAAAAUGAACUUUGGCGAGGAAAAGGAGGGAUUCAAGAGAGAGGAAAAGAGCAAAUGGAAUGUUUUUAUUGUUUCUAGCCCCUAAACUACAACAAACUGCCAUGUCCUGUUGGUUUAAUAGACCGUGGAUCAUUGGGAUUCGUUUUAGAGUGUUUUACCCCUUAUAGGGCAUUUGAUUUAAGUCAGUUUAUUUCAUAUCAAUUUAUGCAGCUGUUCAAAACUGCCACUUUUGAAAUGGCUUUUGUUGUGUGUUUUGGGGCAUAUGAUGAGAGAUGAGAAAAAAUGGACAGAGAAAGUGACAGAGACAGAUUCCACCGUAGCUAUGAAGCCAUGCCUGUAAAAAAAAAGUCGUAACGCUGCUUCCUGUUGUCCAGUCUUUACCGCAGCAGACAGCUUUUUUAACUAGCACCUUUAGAGCUUCGCUUACAACAAACAGAUGUGAAUGACAAGCCACCUCACGCUAAAAUCUAAAAACAGCAGGUCUGGUUUCGUUUUACCGAGCACUUCAAGCUAAAGUACUGCAUUCUCAAACCAAAUAUAGGUACGUUAUUGUCUACAUUAUUUAAAUCUCUGUAUUUAGGUGUUUUAUCCUCAUGUGAAUGAAGCUAGUGUUACAGUGACUGUAUUUUUUAACUAAGGUUGUACCCUGGUGACGUAUUGAUGUGAAGUAUUUACAAGCCCAUAUUAUUUCUAAAUUCUGUUUUAAGAAAUGUUUUGUUUAUCAUUACAAUAUUCCUUAAUUUCAUUGUCCCAGGUAAGCAAUAAUGUAUUCUCAUGAUAAAUGGUACAGUAUUGUGCUCUUCUAACAAUGCAAAAUGAAUUAGUUAAGAUUAAAAAUCAAACAAUAUUGUAAAAAAUAUAGAAAAUGCCAAUGAUUGUUGCAUAUAUGCAUUAUUAUUAUUAAUUAUUAUUAUUGUCAUUGUUAUAUGUUGCUAUGUCACUCUACAAUGUCUAGGACAUGAAUUCAUUUCACUGCUUCUGAGAAGCAUGUCUAUUCUAUUCACAAAGCUGUACAUUUGUGUGUGUUUGUGUGUAAAUGUGUAGAUACAAUUCAGGUUGUAUAUUUUGUACAUAAAUGAGGCUUAUUGGCAGGUUUAUCUGCUUUUAUGCUCAGUUUUCCCCCCUCAUAUCAAUAUUUUGCUUGAAAUAUUGCAAGCUGGUUUAAUCAUCUGGCUUGUUCAGUGCUGUUUAGAUGGGAACAGUGUGUUUGGGUUUGACUUGAGCUCAGUGGCCAGAGAAAAGCGAUAUGUCCUGGCUCCAAAUAGUUUUUGAACAGUAAACAGGGUGAUUAAAGUUCCAAGCAUUUGGAAAUGUGGAAAAUAAAAUCUCCAAUGCAUACUGUUUUCUGUAUUUGUUGUGUGGG